CCAUACUAUAAAUCGUUAUGCGAGGCGUUCAACGCCACCACUUCCAGCAACUAACAUCGCGUAUUUCCUUCAGGAUCCAGAGUUCAUUCAAGGACUAUCGUCUCUCAUAGCUCGAGCUAUGCCCAGAACUUCGAGCACCGUGCCACUACCUACACCUUUUCCUACAAAUCCAACGGAACAACCAAAUCCUGUUCACCAAAAUCAAGAAACACAUGCAACAACAUCACAUGCCACUUCACAACCACGUCACACUUCUCAACACCGAGAUGAGCUGACUCGUAUAACUGCAAAUCUA